AUGGCGCCCGCGCCCGUGCGCUGGCCGUGGGCCGCGCUGUGCCUCCUCGUGCCCGGGCUGGCUGGGCCGUGGGCCGCGCUGUGCCUCCUCGUCCGGGCUCUCCUCCCCCGCCUGGGAAGCGUGGGCGCCGCCCCCAACGGGGGCCUCCUCGCUUGCCGUGUGCCCAGCGAGUACACCGAGGCCGACCUGAUCAAGGUGUAUAAGCGGAAUUGUGGCCUCGUCAACGCUUUCCAGAAUGAGCUGGAUAAGCGUCCACUUUGGGCUGGUCACGGAAGCAGCAGCAGCGAGAGCGUGCUCAAAUGUUUGACAGCAGAGUUGAAGAUGAAUGCCGCUGAAAACUUGGCGGACUUCCGCGCAGCGGCAAAUUUGGCAGUCGAGGCGUUCGCAAAGACCGCCAGGGGAGAGAACCACUGCUGCAACCUGCUCAGCCCGCCUUUCUGCACGAAGGAUCGCGCAUCGACGUCCACUUGGGCCAUGCUCGCCCCUCUGGCCCUAACCGCCGCCCUCGUCUUAGGAGUUUCGUUAUAUCAGUGGUGUGAGAGCCGACCUUGCCGCUGCUGCAGAAGGAGAACGGACGAUGACACGCCGACGAGCCCGCCAGAGAGCGUCCCCGAUGCCGCCAUUCCUGACUUGAAAAAGGGAUUGAUGAAAGCAUGGACGGAGCAGCAUUGCCUGCAGUAUAUGCCGAACGCAGAUGCGUUCGCAUCUGUCACUGCGUGGAUGUUCGAUCACUUCACGAGCCGCUUCGGGUUCCAGGAGGACAACUCCAAGAACCAGCACGAAAACUUUCUAUCCCUGCUGCGCUCGCAGGUUGCCAUGGUGGCCGACGAGGCAAUGGAAGCGAGUAAUAAAUGGGGGGCAGAGUUCUCGGAGGAAAGAGAGCAAGACUUCUUGAAGCAGGCAGUGAACGAUCUGCACGAGCAGCUGAUGGACGGCUUUCUGAGGUGGGAAAAGGUUUUCAGCGAGUACACCCAGGCUGGCAUGAAGCUUCGGCUGGACAGCAGCGGGCGACGACGGUCGCCCGCUUCUGCAAAGAUCGCCGACCGUGCCCUAAAGUCCCUCAAAGAGCAGGAGAGGAUCAAAGAGCAAGAGAGGAUCAUCAUCGCCGCCGAUGGGACAGCGGAGAAGUUGGCAGAGAUGGUCGCCUUCCUGCUAGUGUGGGGCGAGGCCGGGAACUUGCGCUUCAUGCCAGAGGUCCUCUAUUUCGUCACCGACCUUGCGCUCGCGUCCAGAGAUUUCAGACAGCCGAGUCCCUGGCUGGUUUCUGGCGAAGAUUGUGCGGCCGAUCUACAACGUGAUUUUCGAUGA